UCGACUGGAAGACGGCGGCUUUGAUAAGUUGGCUAAACAGCGGCCGGAUUAUUCGUUAAGUAGGGACACGGCGUCUCUCUCGCCUCAUCCGGCUUCGGGCGGUAACCAUGGGAUUGAAGGGGACAACGUCUUGAUCGAAGUCCCAACGUCUCCCAGCACGGAGGAGAUCGCCAAAUCGUUGAAUGAGCUCACGACAUCCGAUACAAGUUAUGUAUCAUCGGCCGUCAUGACCCCGAGUCGGAGACAGUUUUCGGACUCCAAAUACCGGAAGUCACCGAGUUACAAGCACGUGCAUCCAUUACCACCAAUCCAAGC